CGACGGGCGGCGGCGUCUGAGGUGGAGGCGGAGGGAGGCGGCGGCGGCGGCGGAGGGGGGAAGAUGGCGGCGCCCGUCCUGCUGAGAGUGUCGGUGCCGCGUUGGGAACGGGUGGCCCGGUAUGCAGUGUGCGCCGCCGGGAUCCUGCUCUCCAUCUACGCCUACCACGUGGAGCGGGAGAAGGAGAGGGACCCGGAGCACCGGGCCCUCUGCGACCUGGGGCCCUGGGUGAAGUGCUCCGCCGCCCUGGCCUCCAGAUGGGGUCGAGGAUUUGGUCUUUUGGGUUCCAUUUUUGGAAAAGAUGGUGUAUUAAACCAGCCAAACAGUGUCUUUGGACUUAUAUUUUAUAUACUACAGUUAUUACUUGGCAUGACAGCCAGCGCAGUUGCAGCUCUGGUCCUCAUGACCUCCUCCAUUGUGUCUGUGGUGGGCUCUUUGUACCUGGCCUACAUUCUGUACUUUGUGCUGAAAGAGUUUUGCAUCAUCUGCGUCACCACAUAUGUGCUGAACUUCCUCCUCCUCAUCAUCAAUUACAAACGACUAGUUUAUUUGAAUGAGGCCUGGAAGCGACAGCUGCAGCCUAAGGAAGACUGAUGGCCAGCGGAUCUCCACCCAACCGUCUCAAACACUUCUUUCAUUAAGUUUAUUUUGCAAGGUGUUUUGUUUUUUGUUUUUUGUUUUUUAAUUCACAACAGACACUUUCCCUCAGAAUCUUAAACUGAUUUUUUAAAAUAUUGUAAAUUAGAAGGGGCCCUAGCUAUUUCCUGUGUCGGUCUUCAUUUUAAAUCUGGAUACAAAAAAGGAUACACCGAGCCAAUCAAAGACAAGCUUUAACUUUACCUUGAAGAUGUUUCUGAGAUAAUAAAAUGUAGCCCUAGCCCCCAGUCCUCAACUAAAGUGAGCAGCCAUUGCUAGUAAUUCUUUAAUGUGUAUAAAUUCAAUUUCAGGUAUAACAAAUGUGAUCAUGAACAUGAAAAUAUUUUAGAAUAGAUACUGUAUUAAAUAUUGCCAUGUUUACAAUAUGUAAUAUGUUUUUAGCCGAUGGAUUUAAACCUGUAGAUUCAAUUAGAGUCCAUUUGUGUGAUAUUUGUAAAUAAAGGUAGAAACAUUGGGAUCCACCCCUGCAGAACUUACUGUACAGUUUAGUUGAAGUGUAGAAAGGAAUUGUCAGCUCAUCGUGACUGAUACAUAGUGAAGAAAGUACAGGCAAACAGAACAUCUUGGGAAAUGCGCUGACAGCCCUGGUGCAGUGUUGACAGCAGAAACAGGGUGGUUGAUUCCCUUCCAUCUCCCACUCAGAGAGGAAGAAACAGUCUGAACACCCAGCUCAAGUCUGACUAGUCAGAACUGGAUGGAUUGGAACUCUACAGGAUGUCACGUGACUAGACCUUUCAUUUCAAGGCUCUCAGGACACUGAUGUGGGAAGUGGAUGUAGUCUUUGGAGAAAAACCACUAUGGCGUUUCUGGGCAAUGCCUCUUAAACAGUAGCUGAGCUCUCAACACAUGUGUUCCCUUGAUUCCAGUGCCAGUCAGCUCAGCAGUAUUAUGACUGAAGCAGGCACAAGCCAAGUGCUCUGAGGUCGGUCCAUAGUGUUUCCCCUUCUUGUUUCUUCUUGCACUAAGGAUGGUCAGUAAGUGUUUCAGAAUCACAUACUGAAUUUGUAAACCUUAGGACUAUCGGGAGAAACUGUUUGCUGACUCAGAAGAAACACAAACGUAGAAAGACCUGGAAGAGAAACAUGGAAGCUUUGUCCCACUCCAGUAGCCACACAGAAGCAGUGAGAAGAAACCCAGAGGUGAUCUAAGUACACACCCCAGUGGCAUGGCGACUGUGUUUCUCUGGUUAGCAUCUUACAGGAGAUGUUAAAAGUGCCUUCUGUCUUAAAAUCUCAAACCAAAUCAUUCUGUGGGUAGAACUGGGGCAGAAGUAUCCCUCCUUCCCUUCCUUACCACGAAGCAGAGAACUUGAACUUGCAUUCUACCAGGAAGGUCUGUGCGGCCAUUUUAUUCCUUGGGUGGAGAAGUGGCAGUGUUUUUUUUAUGAUUUGGUUAAUAUGCUAAAAAAUAGGCAACUAGACAGGGUACUCUGAGACAGCAAUGGUUGAGUGGUUUACGACUUUCAGUCGAAACUGAUGCACCAUAGGAUUUCUGGCCUGGGGCAGGUAUAAAAUGGGAAUUGUAAUGUUCCUUUAGGAGGCUCUAACCAGUUCCUUAAAAGACCGCUUAAUUCCAAUUUCAUCAAAGGUUGUGUUUCCCCGUGAAUGUGAACAUUUCUGUGACUAUCUUACUGUGUAUGCAUUGCUGUUGUCUUCUGAAGUAGUUAGAGAACGUCUAGAAAGUACUGAAUGGUCUUUGUGGUCAACCAAGUCCUCGUUCGAGAACUGUACAGUGAGCUCAUCUCAUAGCCCUGUGUCCAGGUCUCCCAAGGCAGUGGAAUGGCUACUCGCUAAGACUUCUGCUGCUUACAUAUCAAGGCUCUGCUAAACAUGUCCCUUGGGCCCCAUUUCCAAAUGACCUUUUCUGUCUUCUAUCACUCAGCAGAGUGGAGUUAAAGCUUGUCUUGACAUUGCAGAUGUCUCCAACCCUUACUCAAGAAAAUGUGAGAGGGUUCCCUCCACCAGACCCCUCAAGGCUUCCCUUUGCUUUCCUAAGUCUUGGGAGUACCACCAUUACUGAUUGUAUGAAUUGCUUGUUUGUUUGUUUGUUUGUUACAUUCCUGUGACCUAAUAGGAUGAAUACCCCUUUCUCACUGAGCGUUAACAGGUGCUGUUGGAAAUAACAGCAUUUGCCGAACAGUGUGCUCAUGCUUGCCUGCAGUCCCAUCACUUGGGAUAUAAAUGCAGGAGGAUCAGGAAUUCAAGGUCAUCCUUGACUACAUAGCAAAAUAGAGACCAGCAUUAGCUACAGGAGACCCUAGCUUUUUAAAAAAAAAUUUUUUUUUUUUUUGCUAAAAUAUAUGUUCUCUAUAAGUGAGCCUGUUGUGUUUUAUUUGGUAGUUUUGCCCUGAGGGAAUCCAGUCUUCUUCUCUACCAUCUAUUAAACCUUAUAGAACGGGGGAGAAAAACACUGUGUUAUAAAACUGCUAAUAUUGUUAUGACUGUUUCAGACAGAGUAUUUAAACACUGAAGAAGCAGGGUUUGGCUGGGCCUGGUGACACACACCUUGAGUCUCACUCAGUACUUGGGGAGCAGAGGCAGGUGGAUUUCUGAGUUCUAGGCCACCCUAGCCUAGAUAAGGAGCUCCAGGACAACCAGGGUUAUAUAGUGAAACCCUGACUCAAAAAGCCUACCCACAAAAUAAUAACACUGCUAGUUGAUUUAACAAUAAAUACGGAAGGGCAGACCAGGGGGAAAAUGAUUCCUGCAGUAAUUCUGGGCUUCAUGCUUUCGAAGUGAUUCAUAACAGUGGAAGCCUCACUUCAGAUUUUCGGGAGGAAGAGAAAGUCUGGCUAGGUGUGCUCCAGAGCCUGUGGUUGGCUUAUGGGAUUUCCCUUGAUCCUUUCCCACAGCUAGUUUUGUCAGGGAGGGUAAACUUCUGGUACAACUCAGGUUUAACUAGUUGCACUAGCUAUAUUCCAAGAAUUAUUUUUUGCUUCAUCUGUAUAGCCUCUCCUUCAGCUCUUUUGUUGUGGUUGUUGUUUUGUUUUGUUUUUAAAGAGACAGAUAAUCUUUCUCUGUAGCCUAGGCUGUCCUAGAGCUCAGUACAUAGCCCAGGCUGGCUUCAAACUUGACAUUCCUCCUGCCUUAGCCUCCCAAGUGCUCAGAUUCAUAUACAGAAGGAAUGUUGAAAAGCAUUUGAGUUUUUUCAAGUAAAGAGACAAGUUCUGGGGGCUGGGGAGAUAGGUGGCUUAGCAGUUAAGAACACUUGUAAAGGACCCAGGUUUGGCGCCAACCACCCACAUGUCUGCUUAACCUUUAGCUGCAACUCCAAUUCCUGGGGAUCUGACCCCCUCUCAUGGCUCCUGAAGGCCCUGCAUGCAUAUGGUGUAUAGACAUAUAUGCAGGCAAAACACCCACAUAGAUAUGAAAGUAUUUCGUUUGCUACAAAAGAUCCUUGUACCUAUGAGGUAGAGGACAAUAAAAUUAAUAUUGUUGCUUUUUUGUUUUAUUUAUAAUUAUAUUCAAAAGACUAAAAAUGCAGCCAGGCAUGGUAGUACAUGCCUAUAAACCCAGCACUUGGGAAGUAGAGGCAGGAAGACCAGAAGUUCAUUCAGGGGCAAUCUGGGCUAUUUUGAGACCAUGUUUCUAGAAAAGCAAAAACUCAAAACACAAAAACUGCUCAGCAGUUACUUGCUAAGCUCUAGUUGGUGCCACCAGUUGAUUCUGGUGGAUACUGGCAGGUGGUGGGUGACCUGACCUUAAAAGUCAGUAAAAUGUCAGUAAAAUGUCAGCAGAGUCCCCCACUGUUCUGUCCAGGAACUUGUUUGGGGCUGUGAACUUCCCCGACUUCUUCCAGUGCGUAUACAUCAGUGAAGCCACCCCUCUCCACCUUUUAGCAUUUUAGGCAGUAUGUGUAUGAAUCCUAUUUUGUGAGAACAACCUUGUCAUAAAGAACAGGGUAGGAAUCCAGGCAAUGUGAUCAGGCCCUCCCUUCCCCCUUUUAAACCGAUUGGCCCAGGAGAGGUGAAGUGUUAUGAGGCUGUACUAAGAUAAUAGCAUAGAUAAUAGGUGUCUAUGACCUGUGAAGUGUGGUCCAUCUAAAAUACUACUCCUGCUUCGAAAGCUCCUGAGUAAGCCUUCAUGUAAGAAGGAGUUCACCGGGGAGAUUCCCUCUUUAAUAUAGAUAGAAAUAUUCUUUAUCAGAGAUUUAGGAUAGCAUUUUGCUAACUGGUAAAUAAAAACAGAUGUACAUAUGUAAGAAUGUUUAUUUGUUGCACAUAACUUUUUUGGUAUAAAAUAAAUGUAGACAUUACCUGUGGA